UGGAAGGAAAAGUAUGAGUGAAGGACAUGUUUGGGGAAACAGCAGGAUGCAUUCAGGGAAUAGUAGUAGUAUCCCCUUGAUAAAAUAUGGCAGAAGAAGACGGGAUAUAGUAGAAGAUUAACUGAAAAGGUGGACUGAAACAGAUCCUGAACCAUCAAUUCUUGCAUGAUAUUUAUGUCACCUGAAGAAUUUCCUUGUUAUUCUGCAAUGUAAUGGGGGCAAGUUGGGUUUGUGAGCUAGCGCUGGAUCUAUUCAGUGUCCUGUUGAAGGAAGACAGCUUUGAUGGCACUUUGAAAACUCAAUAUAUAAGUGAUGAAAAGGGAAGGCAUGGGGUAGGUAAAUAAGAAAAAAAUGUAGUACAGUAACCCAAUGGAGGAAAAGUGAAAACCAAAAGGUCCGAAAGAAGACAAUGGCAAUGGAAGUAAAAGCCUCAGAAAAGUCUUGUUCAGCUGGAAUUAAUGUUGCCUCACCUUCAUGGAAUUGCAUGAGAGACUAUUGACCCAUUCUAUCCCGAAGGUUCUACGAGCUCAGCUUCUGUGACUAUUCAAGAACUCUACAUUCCAGAAGAGAAUUUUCCCCCCAGCUAUGAGGCAACACAGAAUUAUCACACUCACUCAGUUGGUGAGUAGUGGCGUCAAGAAUUCAAACCUAGACAGUCUGACUUUACAGUUCAUGUACUUAACAAGUACACUAUGCUGUCUUAACUUUGAAGGAAUUUAUUGACUGACAAUGGCAGAACAAAUCUUAGCGAAAUUAGAUGUUCUGGAUAAGCAAGCAAUGUUGCUCUCGGCCAGAAGAAUAAAGGAGAACAUGCUUCAAUGUCAAUUAAAGAAAAAGACUUCAGCUAUACCUCUGACAUUUGAUUUUCAUUUGGAUUUUGAAGAAACUAUUGAUACACCCACAUUUAUGACAGUUCCAAAGAUCACAAAAGACAAGCUAUGUGGAACUGAUAUGACAAAAAGGCAUGUCUCCUUCAAAACUAAGCCUGAACCUAGAAAAAUCAGUUUUGAAAAGUUAGAUUUAAGACCACAUGCUCGACCAACAGAUGUAAAAAGUCAAGAAGCCAAGUCAAAAGACCCAGAGAAAGAAAAUCUGAAACCAAGAUCUACUAGAUCACUUUAUUUUCUUAAGGAUAUAUCUGAGGUGGAAUAUGCUAAGCCCUUGCAUAAUCUAUAUUCACAGCAUAGUCAAACACGUAGAAGAAAGUUGAGUUCUACAAUCUUUUCUCCUGUACCCAGUAAUGAAUCUAAAGUUUAUAAAAAGGAAAAAGACUCUAUUUUAUUUGCAGCUCAGACUGAGAGAAAAACUAGUGAAUCACUUGAUUUGGUUGAUCACUUAGAAGAUUAUGAAAAUAAAAGAAGAGAAUCUCUUCCACAAAUGAAUGACUAUAGUGCAGAAGAAACGAAAUAUAUCAAAAGUGAUCAGUUAAGUAAUGAUUCUUCAGUGAAAAUGAAAAACUUGCUACCCUUGUGCUUUGAGGAUGAAUUGAAAAAGCCAAAUGCCAAGAUAAUAGAUAUUAGUCCAGCAAAGACAGAAACAAGUCAUAUGGAACAACAUGAUACAAAUCCCAUAAUUUUUCAUGAGACUGAAUAUAUAAAAAUGUUACUUUUGACAAAAGAUAGGCUUCCUCCCUAUCUUAUACAAGAUAGAAAUAUUUACCCAUAUAAAAGAACAAAUCUCAUGUUAGAAAGAAAUCAUGAAUUCCUCAAAUCCCUAAUUAAUGCUCAAUCUAUUACUCCUUCCAAAUUCAAAAGAACUGCUUCCAAGGCACGGGAAAAUGACAUUCCAGAAACAACUUCUGAAAUGGAUAAACUAAGAAAGAAGACUAUUAAGUGGACAGUAGAAAAAAUACCUUGGAAUAAACUUAAUAAUUUCUCCCAGACUUUUUCCAGCUUAAGGAAAAAAUUUUUGGGUUUCCUUGAUAAAACUGUUAUUCAAGAAAUGGAUACUCAAACUGACAAACCUAAAAGAAUGUUUUCUACAGUAAAACCAAUAAACGCAUACAAAUUCAGUGCCUCACCUGUGAAAUAUUACUCAAAACCAAUAAAAAAUAUAAUGAAAGUACAGGUAUUAAGUAAUGUAACACCAUUGGAUAAUUUAUUAAAGCUUCCAAGUGAAAAUUAAGCACCUCAUAAAAUAUUAAUCAUAAAACAAUAUUUGGAUAACAAGAAGCAAGUAACAAAGAUGCAAGAUCUAGAAGAAAUUCUUACUUAAAAAGAAUGACAUUCUGAUGGAUGGUAUAAAGCAAUGCAAGAAAUUGGAGUUACAAAUCAACAGUGGUCUGUUCAAGAAAAAUCUUGAUAAAUAAGAGGAUAAAAUUAAGAAUAAUCAACAAGAGCUAGUUCAUGAGUUUCUCAAAUAGGUCUCCUAAUCAUCAGUAUUCUACAAUAGUCUGAUUCAGAACAAAGCGUAGUACAGACUGCAAAUUCUCUGUUGGAAUCCAAAUAACAUCAAUGACCUUGCUCCAUAAUUGAAUAUCAAAUAGGACAAAUGUACCAUUAACUUAAUAUAUGUGAAAUCCAUUGUAUAUCAGCAUUUUGGAUAAUUACUGGAAAAUUGUAUUAUAUCAGCAAUUCAUACAAUUAAAAGUUG